AUGACGGAUGACGCUGGAGGUACUUUGCACCUUCCGGGCGCUUCCCAGAACCCGCAGACGAGGCAGUCGCAGCUGAACGCUCUUGCUGGCUGUGACUUGCACGGCAAGCGGGAUGUGAUCAGUGAAGUGAAGUGGAAGGAGCAUCAUGGAUGGACAGGGCCGGUAAUAUGGGGUACACCCAGAGCCUGGAGGCCUGCACGUCCAGCGACUCGGCCGCCAACCACCAGUAACCAGCUCAUCAUCGCCAUCCCAGCUUCCCUGGCCGAUGAUGUCGGGUCAACAUCCAUCGUCAAGCUACGUACCUCGAGGAAGAGCUAA